UUGUUGCAAAAACAAUCUUAAAUUAAUCUUUGAGCUGAAUACCAAAGUAGAUCAUAAGAUAUGGCAUCUAAAGAUGUUGGAAACGACAAGUAUCGUUACCUUCUUAAAGGAGAUGGGGAGAAGGAUACCAAGUGGAAGUAUGCUUCUCCUCCCAAUUAUGAUGUCGUCAACAAACUCUUUGAAGAAGGAAGAACUAAGAUAUGGCCUGAGGGGUCACUUGGAGAACAAGUGCAGAAUCUUGUGAAGACAUGGGAAAUGGAGAUUUUCCACAAGGUUGAUCUCAAUGACUUCAAGACGCUCGAUCCCAAGAAGUACACGUUCAGCCUAAAUGGAAGGAAACCUAUAACUAUAGAAGAGAUAGGCAGGAGGUUUGGGGGAGGAUAUAUCCCUUUGCUGCAGACAUCCAUGCCAGAAGAGCUUAGGGGAUAUGACCCUUACAAAGAAACAGUAGAUUCAGCUCAUAAGGCGUUUACGACGACGUUUCCUCGCGGGUUUGCGUUGGAAAUUCUCGACGUCUACUCAGGCCCGCCUGUGAUUGUUUACAAGUUCAGGCAUUGGGGCUUCAUGGAGGGUCCUUUCCAAGGCCAUGUCCCCACUGGAGAAAAGGUUGAAUUCUAUGGAAUGGCCAUUUUUCAUGUGGAUGAGCACAUGAAAGUGGUGAGCGUGGAGUUCUUUUACGACCCAGGUGAACUAAUUGGAGGACUUCUCAAGGGUGAAAAAAUUGACACUACUUCUGCUGAACAACUUGGUGGGGCCGCUUCAAGAUGCCCUGUUCUGAGGAGCACAGGCUAGGAAUUUUAAAUUUUCUGUCCACCUUCACUAGUAUAACAUUAAGGAAUAAUAUUAAUAUUAAUAUUAAUAUUUUUAUAUGUCCCUCUGUUCGAUCGGCUUCCUUUGAAUUGCAUGCAUGCAAUGUAUCAUGUAUUACAUGGACGUGUGCUUGUAAUAUAUAUGUUUUGAUUAAUAUUAUAAGGUGCUCUUAUAAUGCAUUAAUUAUAAGAUUCUGAUUGAGAUA